AAGAAAACUCAACACUCCCGAAAAAACAAAAACUCAUUUCUUUACGUUCAUCAAAACCAUGGCACAAGAGAACCCUUCAAGACCCCUAGUUCUUGGACAAUGUACAGCAGAGGAAAAGUACUCCACAAGUUUAGCCAAGAUCAUCAACCCAAAGCCUUGUGGAUCGAUCACGAAACAGAGCCAGGACCAAAACUCACCGAGUUUACGCCGUUGGGGAUCGUCGUCCUCAGGUAAACCAGCGGCGAGGCAGAACUGUCUAUGUUCUCCGACGACACACGCCGGUUCUUUCAGGUGCAGGCACCACCGCGUUGAUGAUUCAUUGACGCGUGUCGGCUCUGUUGGGUCGAAUCUCGCGGUGCUAUUAUCAUCAUCCAAGUCAAGCCGGUUUAGUAACUCCCUCAAGGCUCAGUAACAUAUAUAUAUAACCCGGUUAUUGUAUUUUGU